UUCAAAUAAACAUCCCCACCUCCUCCUCCUCUACGCCAUCACCAUAAUUUCCAAUUCCCUUGGAAACAAGAAAUCCCAUUCGAAAAUUCCUAUGGAUAAUUUGCUCAAACAAAUGGGGUCAAGUUAUCCUGGUCCUGGACAAAACAGAGAAGGACAAGCCAAUAGAAGAGACAUAUAUUUGCCUCCACAAAUAUCUCAAUCUUCUAGAGAGAAAAAAACACUUGGGAACUGGUUAGGAAGGCAAUUUUCACGUCAAAUGAGUCGAGGGAAUGAAUUAUCUAACGGCGGAAUAGAAUGUAUAACCGCAGUAGCAGCGGCUGCCUUUGCAAUUCAUUCGAUUGAAGAAUCAGAAAUCACAAGACCUAGAAGAAAGGUCGAUUAUCCUGAAACAUCGUCAUUUCCAAAGAUAAAGAUCUUCGAAGACGACAAUCAUACCUCCCCUCCACGAUCGACAUCGAAAUCUGAUAAGAUUUUUCGAGCAUUCACAAAUGCUAAGAAAGAUCCUGAAGAACCCUCCGGUGAGAAACCGGCAGUGAACUCCGAACAACAGAAACAGAAACCAAAAGAAAACAGGAUCGUUCCUUCUCCACCCGCCGUAAACGACGACUCCGGCGGCCGAAGAACAGAAAUAGAGAAACCAUUACCGAUCCCUCGACCUCCAACGCCACCCAUCUCUCGAAAACCACCAACUGCACCGAUCCAAACCAGGCCUCAAGGAACCAAAGCAGAUCUCUGGGAAAUAACAGAGCUUGCUAAAAUCCAAGAAAGAUACCAGAAGGUAGACGAGACAAUUUCUUACUGGGAAAGCAAGAAGAAAGAAAAAGCCAUACGCAAAUUUGAAGCAUCACAGGUUGUGGGAACGAAGCGGAGUCAGAGGGAAAAGGGAAGGAAAAAGUUUGAGGAAGAUAUGGAGUUUAUAAAGCAAAUUGCUGGAGAAGCAAGAACCAAAGCCCAUCGUAAGAAAAAGAAUGAGAUUCUUAAAGCUAAUCAGAAAGCAGAUAUUAUCAGAAAAACAGGGGACCUUCCUGUUUCUUGUUACUGCUGCUGAAGAACACUAAUAAUUCCGUUGAUUGAUUUGACUGCUUUUUUCUUUUCUUACCUUUUCUUUUUUUUUUUUUCUUUUUUUUGUGUUAACCGAAUGAAUGCUUUGUGAACAAAAAUAAUCUAUAAUUUAAGUUGUUUUCAGAUGGGUUCUCUGUUUUACUCUGUUUUCAUCAUUAUCAGUCUCUGAUUUUGCUUCAAAACAAAAAUCACAUAUCAAACAUAUAUAAUAUUAACUAGUCUACACAAAUUCAUCAUAGGUUUAGCAGAAAAUGCAAACCCUUAUUUACACAGAAUUACAAAAACAACCACAUAAAAAAACCCAGUUGCCAAAAAGUGUCAUUUCUUCAAGAAACCUUCAGCCACUUUCAAAUAAUCCCCAAACCCAGAUCCUCCCGCUUC